UUUCGUACGACUUCCUUUUCCUUUUAAAAUCGGGAAAUCAUAAUAUAAAACCGAACUGUUUUUCUUCUGAACUCAAAUACAAAGAUCUGUUGUGAUGUGUCCCUUCGUGUUUAUUUCUAUGAGUGUUUCUAGUUGUUUGUAAUGAAGGACAGGGGUUUUAAAAGUAAUUAACACCCCACCACCAUGGGGUGUGGAGUGAGAAUGCGGCAAUGAAGAAAUUGUGUAAAUAAAUAAAAGACACUAAGAUGUUUGGCUGUGAAGGGACUUCAAGCUCAUUAAGAGCCCAAAUGAUAUAAUAUGUAUGGCUAAAGGCGUUAGAGUAAACAAUGAGAUUUCAUAGAAGGUGUGGUGACAGAGUCACACUUCUAAAUGACAACACUACAGCUGUAAGGAAUUUUGUCGAGUUCAAUCAUGGGUUGAUUCUUAGCGCGGAACCUUUGAAGGAUGAUGUUAUGUUUGAAGUGUGUAUUGAUAGGAAGGUCAAUGUGUGGAAUGGAAGCCUUGAAAUUGGAGUUACCACCCUGGACCCGGAGUUCAUGGAACUGCCGGCAACAGCUACAAAAUUGCGGAAUACAGCUUGGAUAAUGUCUGGCAGCUCAAUAGUAAAGGAUGGUGUCACGCUUGUCAAUUCCUAUGGUCCUGAACUUGACACACUCAGUGAGGGAGACUGUGUUGGUGUUAUGAAAACAGCAAAGGGGGAGUUAUUGUUUUAUGUGAAUAGUCGAUGCCUCGGCGUCGCAGCAAAAGACCUGCCUAGCAAACUGUUUGCCGUCAUAGAUUUAUAUGGACAGUGUGUUCAAGCUUCUAUUACUCAUGUACAUGGCAUGAGACCCAUUAUGGAAACUAGUAUAGAUCAGUUGGAAGAGGACCCUAACAAUGAUGAUACUUUAACAUCAAGUGACAUGGAUAUUGUGCCUCUACCAACUGACCCGUCUCAACCUAAGCCUUCUCAAGAUGUUUAUGUCCCGAUCACCACUGAGGGUGCCUGUGCUCUUGUAGCACAGGAUCGUUUAAGGUUUCAUCCUAGAUGUGGGAUACUUGUAAAAUUGUCAGCUAAUAAUAAAUCAGCAGAAAGGGCUAGACCUUUGGAUGACUAUAACAACGGUGUUGUCAUGACGCAUCGGCCGCUGUAUGACAACGAACUGUUUGAGAUACGCAUCGACAGGCUAGUCGACAAAUGGAGUGGUAGCAUUGAGGUCGGCGUGACGUCCCACAACCCGGCAACCAUCAGGUUCCCCUCCACCAUGACCAACAUGGACUCCGGCACGAUCAUGAUGUCGGGCUGCAAGGUGCUCAUGAACGGCCACGGCAUGUGCAUGGAGUAUGGCAACUUUAACCUUGAUGAACUACGGGAAGGAGAUACUGUUGGUAUGAUGAGAAAGAGUACCGGAAAACUGCAUUACUUCAUCAACGGAGUCGACCAAGGCAUAGCCACAGAUAAAGUGGAUCAACAAGUUUGGGGAGUUGUUGACCUCUAUGGCAUGACUGUAAAGGUCACUAUAGUGGACCCUUGCGAGGACCUGGACACGACCGUUACCAACGCGCCGGUCGUGCUCGGCGCUCCCGACAUACCUGCUCCGAGCAGGAUAAGACAAAGAUUAGACGAAGAUAGCCUUUUAUUUCAUACGCUGCGUGAUUCGAAUGUUAUUAUUAUUAAUGAUGGUAAGACUGCUCAUAGGCCUAAUGCUUUCGAAUACUUCAAUAACGGGAUAGUGAUGACGAAUCGCACGUUGAGGACAAACGAACUAUUUCAAGUGCGUCUCGACUUGGUUAUCCCUAAGUGGGCCGGAAGCAUUGAAAUUGGGGUCACGCAGCAUUCUUCAAACGAUUUACUAUUUCCAUACAAAAUGAGCAACGCAAAAUCUGGCACUUGGGCAAUGACCGGAGAAGACGUAAUUAGAGACGGGACCACCAUCAUACCGCAAUAUGUUAGGAACCUCAACAGACUCGUGGAGGGGGACACGGUGGGCGUGAUGCGCAAAGACAUGGGUAUUCUACACUUCUUUGUGAACGGCGUCGACCAGGGGCCCGCGGCCUUCAACAUCCCCGAGCAUGUCUUCGGGCUAGUCGACUUGUACGGGCGAGUGGCGCAGGCGACCAUAGUGGAGGCGUACACGCCGCCCGCCGCUUACUCCCCGGAGUCGCCUCUCUCCACUGAGUCGAAUGCUACCAUUUAUCCGGAGAUGUGCUUCCACCGACUGCACGGCCGCAACGCGCGCCUGUCCCGCAGCCGCUUGACUGCCUCGCGCGCCACCGUCUACUCGGAGUUCAACGACGCCGUGCUGUUCAGCUCGCGGCCGCUGCGCGAGUGCGACAUGUUCGAGCUGCGCAUCGACAAGAUGGUCGACUGCUGGAUCGGCAGCUUGGAGAUCGGUGUAACCGCAAUCCGUCCGGACGACCUCGAGGCGAACGGUGGCGUCGGCGCCAUAGCGGGCACCGCGACCGACCUCAACUGGGACACGUACAUCCUGAGCGGCGCCGCCAUGAUGAAGGACGGCGAGUGCGUGCGCAGCGGCUACCCGCUCGACCUGGACACGCUCACCGUCGGCAGCAGAGUGGGCAUGAUGUGGCACGCGGACCGCAGCCUGCACUACUACCUGGACGGCAUGGACAUGGGCAAGGCGUGGUACGUGCCGCACCUCAACAUCUACGCCGUGGUCGACCUCUACGGGCAGUGCACGCAGGUUACUAUUCUGCAAAACGAAGAAAGAGCUUUCAACUACAAUGGCUGCACCAAUUCGGAUAAUUCGCUGCUGAGCAACUCAAGAGCAUUGUCGUCACCGCCGCCGCCAUAUUGGAGUUUCUCGGAGUACUGCGGCGACAACAUCUGCAUAAUGCACGACUACUCGUUCGCGCGCCGCCUCACGCCCGACCCCACCGCCGCGCUCGUCUUCAGCUCCGCGCACCUGGCCGUCGGCGAGAUAUUCGAGGUUAAGAUCGUGGAGUGCAAGUCGGGGUACGCGGGCAGUUUCCGCAUGGGCGUGACCGACAUCAACAUCCUGAACGUGCACGUGAACCGCAGCUUGCCGCCCUCCGUCGCGCUGCUGCCGCACUACACCGCCUACAUCGACGGUAAAUACAUGAAGUACUCGCGGCCCAACGAGAAAGAACACUCGCUGCGGUCAUUCGUGCCGUCGUUCGACUGGCUGCGGCCCGGGGACCGCGUGGGGCUCAAGAAGACCGGCGACGGCCGCGUGCUCGUCUACUACAACUCCGAGCUGCUCGAGACCGCCUUCGAGAACGUUCCCGACAAAGUAUACGUAGUGAUGGAAAUAUUCGGGCACGUGACAAAGAUCCAGGCCGUCUCCAAAGGGGCGAACGUAGGCACGGCCCUGCCUCACACCAUCCCCAACGACGAAUACGUGAAGCCGUCACUGAGCGCCGCGGCGAAGAACGCCACCAACGCGAGCGUGGCCCACUCGGCGCAGAACAACGCUAGUAACGAGACUGCGCCACAGGCCCACGUGGAAAUAACGGAAGACACGAACGAAGAAUCAAGCCACUCGAACGAGAUAGUGUCCUCCAACGUGGAGUUCCUGGACGGCGUACUGGCCGGCAGCAACGACACGCUCACCGUGCCCACCGAGUCUACGCUCACCGUGCUCAGCGCCGACUCGCGCCGCCGCCGCAACCCGCUGCCCUACACCUUCCACUACGUGCACGGGAAGAACAUCAAGCUAUGCAGUUCAGAUACUGUGGCAAUGCGCACGUCAGGAUACAAAGACGGAAUCGCCAUUGUCAGCCAACCGCUUCGAAGGGGCCACAAUUUUAGGUUUCGCGUGGACAAGGUGGGCGGCGACUGGUCGGGCAGCAUCUCGCUGGGCGCGGUGGGCGCGCUGCCGACGGACUCGCUGCCGCAGUGCGCCAUGCACCUCGACCCGCCCAUCUGGGCCGUCACCAGCGACCUGCUGCACGACAACGGCACCUUCAAAAAGACGCAAAUGGCGAGCGCGUUCGAGGAGCUGUCGGAGCAGUCGGUGCUGACGAUCCACUUCCGCUUCAACAGCGAGCUGGUGGUGGACGUGGACGGCGCCGUGGCGGGCGUCGUGGGCGUCGUGCCGCGCGCCUUCUCCCACGUCUACCCGCUCAUCGACCUCUACGGCCGAGUGCACCAGGUUUCCGUGCUGCUUCACCCGACUGUGGUAGCUAGUGGCGCUUCUCUCGACCUGCCCAUCAUAGCGGAGAACCUGCGCGAGGAGUCGCUCGCCGAGCUCGAGCUGCUCGACGACGACGAGGACGACGACAAGAUGCCCAAGCUCACCCCCGAAACACCCGAAAUUCACCCCAAGCGCAAAGCCAAAGCUUACAGUCACGACAACCUCCUGGGGGACUCCUCCGACCCGCUGUACUCUCAACCCGGCCCCAGCACCCAUCCCGACCCCCCCACGCACACUCUUCCAAACGAAAACGACGCUAAAAACAAGCAAAUCAAAUGCAGAAAAGUAUGCGCCAACCGUACCGUGCUCCACCAGAGCUUGAUAAUAACGCCCACUCCCAUCGACAACAACGAGUCCGCCAAUCGAUGCAUACAAAAAAGUCACUCCACGCAUAGUUUUUGUCAAUUACCGGACGAUAAUAAUUUGGAGGUGGACAAUAAGGAGGCGGUCCGGCUCACGUUCAGCGCGGGCGAGGAGGCGGGCUCGGCGGGCGGCUGCGACACCAACAUCCGCCACAACGACCGCUACCCCGAGGCCAGCGACGUCGACAGCCUCGACACCGAGAUCAUGGACGCGCUCGCGCUCGAGACCGGCAACCUGCCGGACCUCACCGAGGAGCACUCUUCCUUCAUCGACGAAUCCACUCGCCGCGACGACGUGUGGACCGAAUCUCUCUCCCUCGAGAAUCUCAACUACUUGAAUCGAAUACUCUGCCUGGACCAGCAGGGCUCGGAGGGGCAGAGCCUGGAGACGGAGUGGGAGGCGGGGGAGAGCUGCGAGCACCUGCACGUGGUGCUGAAGUAUUGGCACUUCCUGGUGCUGCCCUACCCCGAGUUGCGGCGCGCCGUGUCUGCCGGUCAACUGCGCUGCUACUGCCAGAACUGUCAGCCUGACGCCCCCGCAACAUUGUCAGGAUGGGUGCGCAUCGAACGCGCCUCGGGCGGCACGACGCGCGCGUACUGGCACGCCGUGCGCGCCGUGCUGCGCUCGGCGCAGGCGGGCGACGGCGCCGGGCCCGCGCGCCGCCCGCGCUCGCUCACCACCCGCCCGCUCACCAACUAUCCCAACCACGACAUAUGGUUCGAUGAAGAAGGCAAGCCGCACCACACAGUUUUGGCUAUAGAAAUUGAUGCCGAAACUCAAGAGCCCACGCGAGACCGCCUGUUGGCGUUCCUGAUAUUCCUGAAAUCUCACUCUGUCCAGCACAACGACGACAACCUGCCGAGCCUCGAUGAGUAAGCACACCAUCUCCACUCACUCAACAUAUAUUAUAUGCGAUAUUAUACACUAGUCUUAAGGGGCACAAAAGGUUGUCAAUAUAAGUAUUAAAUGAAACUUAACGAGACGUCAGCCGUCUGUAUAUUAGCAAGUAACAUGUGUUAGGUAUAAAGUUAUCGUCAAAUUUCUCCAUCUUGCAGACUCACCUGUACACAUGCUUUACUAGUCUUAUUAUUUUAUAAGCACUGUUGUGAUCUCAGUCUACUGGCUAAGUUAUCUUUUAUAUUAUUUAUUAUUUCGGUGUUUGUAUUAUUCAUAGUAAUUUACGUAGAACGACGGUUAAGUAAUAAAUAGGAUAUAUUUCUGGACUGUGGUUUCGCUCACACACCAGUAAAAGUUUUGAUGUCAGCAAGGCCUUACCUGACAACGAAUGGUGUAUCUGCAAAGUAUUGAGGGUAGAUGUAAGGAGAACUUAUAUGGGGGAACAGUUAUAAAAUAGCCCGGUUGGAAGCUAUACAUUUAGUUCGUAUCAUUUACGAUAAUUUGUAGAUUUGGCAAAUCUAAGCUUUCAUAUCACCUUCCAUUUACUUUAGUGACGUCACGUCAACAAACUACCUUAUAGUGACGUCAUUGCGACAUGAAUCCGGGGUGUAAAUAUAUCGACAACAGUUACAGUCGAGUUCAUAAAUAUUUUCACCUUAACUCUUCAAUAAGGUGAAAAAAUGUACACAUAUUUAUGAACUCGACUGUACAAACAAAAUUUGUUUGUUUGUCAAUUAAGUGCGUACCAAUAGUACAUUUAUUAUUAAUGUUUUAGUCAUUUCCUCAUAGGUGACGUGAAAAGCAGUAAAAAUCGUACCGUUAACUACUUAUCGAUACAGCUAAAACCUGGACUAAUGAGAAUGGUACAGGGUGUGAGCGCAACUGAUCCAUGUUAAGCGGAUGAACCAAGCGGGAUGCUGAUUAUUGUGAUGUGAUAUUGAUAGAUACUUACGUUGUAACGAAAUUUCCGAUGUGCUGACUGAUCUUGUCUGAAUACCCUCGUCUCUUUUAGCUAUGUGGGUACAAAUAUCCGGUCUCCUCGAAACCAUCAAGUUAAACCAAACACAUACCAGGUGUUUCUUGUAACAGGGGCAAUUAAUGAAACCGUUGACUAUACGUAUACUUCUUGAACUGACCAGCCGGCGUAUUAUGCUUGUUAUUUUAUCACUUAUCCACGUGGAGAUAUCUGUCACUCUCACACUGACAUACAGUCGAGUUCAUAAAUAUGUGUACAUUUUUUCACCUUAUUACAUAGAGUUAAGGUGAAGAAAUGUACACAUAUUUAUGAACGACUGUACUUGCCAAAGCGUGACGGAUACUAUAUCCACAUAGAUAAGUGAUAAAAUUGGCAGCUUAGUACGCCGGCUGUUAGCGACUUCAGGUUUUAUUACAUGUUAAAGUUUGUUGUAAGACGCAAGUAUUGCUAAUUUAGUUAUAAAUAAAUAAAUAUUGGGGGACACCUUACAGAUCAACUUAGCCCCAAACUAAGCAAAGCAAGUUAUGAAGCGUGACAAGCAACGCCAAUUACAACAAAAAUGGCGUAGAUUCAAUUUUUGGUUAUUUAGUAAGUAUUUUUAAAGUAAUUGUCACGAUGAACAAAAUGAUCGUCAUUUGAGGAGUUAUUUCAAUAUUUGCUCGUGUUACAGAAAACAUUCAGUAUAGUAGUACAUUUUUUCCUCAUAUUUGUUUAUCACUUGUAAGUAUGUUAACACUACAUUAAGAAGUACUCUACAAGGUUCCGAUCCUAAAUUAAGAAAAUUAAUCACAAAUAACGAGUUUUGUUUUCUGUUGCACAUUUUGUUAAAGUAUCGAGAGAAGUGCAUAAUACAGUUACAUUGAACAUAGUACACAUAUUUACUACAUUAUGUUAUUAUUUUAGCUAACUCGAGCGUCACUGCAUGGUAUUAGAUUCAAUGAGCUACACUCCAGCUACCUAGGACUAGGAAUAUUGCAUAAUCAAUAUUAUGGUAUCAGACACGUUGAUCCAAUGAUUCAUACUUCUGAACCUUUUAACCGCUUGGUCUUUUUCAUCGUUCGUGCUCGUGACUCCGUCGGUACGGUUUUGUUUUAUUUCUCAGACUGCGGCGAAAUAAGCUGGAUAUUGUACCAGUUAUCAGACUAGGGCGGUUAAAAGGUUAAUACAAUAAUUGCCUGUAAAAUAAUCAAGUAUCUAUAAUGUAGAGGUAGCUUAUAAAGUUGUGCCGUUCUGGAGUAUACAUAUUCUCCAUUUACCAUAUUGUCGAACGAGAAUGUCUCUUGUAUUUAAAGGAAAACGGCGCAACUACAGAUAACUUAAAAUCUAUUUUUAGAUUGACAUUUAAGCUCCAUACUCCAAAUAAAACUAUCCUAAGAAUAUUACGGUUUACGUGUCAUAACAAUACAAUACAUCCUCAUAUUUUUGCGACAUCACAUUUACUGUCCUGGUUGAACUUGGUGUUCUGUUAGUCCGUUUUCACAUUAUCCGAUCCGAUAUCGGAUGUCGGAAGGAUUUCAAUAGAAAAAAUCCAAGAUGGCGCCUCUAAUGUAUGGGAUAUCGGUCCGACAUCCGAUAUCGGAUCGGAUAAUGUGAAAACGCACUUCGGGUCAUUUUAAGAUGGAUAUCUUUAUAAAUCGUAAAAAAGAUUUUAUUUCUCAAACUAGCAAUGAAAUGUUGUCAUAACGUAACGUCAAAUUAGGUCGGGAGGUACUACGUAUCUGGUAGUAUAUAUAAUGGAAUGGAAUGGAAUUUCAUAGUAAUUUCCCCACCGAAGGAAAUAUAUUCUUGUCUGUACCUUAUUUCCUUUUGAUGAACCCUUCAUUGGGUGAAGGCCUUUUUUUUAAUUAUAAGUGGGGAAAUGCUUUACGCAUACCGCCCCGGUACGGGGACGGGCCGGGACGGUUAUGUGAGACUCCCUGCCGCGGGCUAAUGAGGCCCCAAGUAUACCCACUAAAACCCCACUAUGUUCGACCUUUGUGCUUUAGCGAUGGCCUGCAGGAAUGCUUACGCUUCACUUCUGCAGCACCACCAGCACCGGUCCGCGUCGCGGAUCUCCGCCUCCGGUGGCACCUGUUUGCCUCGCCCUUUUCAGGACCGUUGUUACGGGACCCUCGGUUACCUCGGGACCUCAGAUUGUACGGAUGGCAGGCGUCCCCGUGCCUGCCAUCUUGAGUUCAUGGGCGCCAGAAAAGUUCCGGCGCCCAGCGGUGGAAAUGGUCUUUGGUUCCACCGCUAACCACGUCGGCUGCAAAGGAUAGGGAGAACGGCGCACCGUAAUACCGGCACUCCUCUUCCCUUGCGGCCCCACCAAUGCCGCUACAGCGGAGCGGCCCCGCCAAGGUCGCAGGGGGUAGGGAGAGUGGCGCACCGCAAUACCAUCACGCCUCUCCCCCUGCGAUCCCACCUCGGCUAGGGUGAAGGCCUCCUCCAUCUCUUUCCAAGUGUCCCUAUCUAGGGCUAGCGUCAUCCAAUGUUUCCCUGCGGCCUGGGUUACAUCGUCAGCCCACCGUCUGUUUGGGCGACCUUCGCGCCGCACUCCUGGUGGACCUUUCCAUUUUGUUGCCUCAAUGGUCCAUCUUCGGUCAGAGUAGCGCGAUAAGUGCCCAGUGUGUGAGAGCGUCAACUACUUUUGUCUUCUGUCUGAUUUUAGUGCUGCUAAUUUUCUGUAUUUUAAAGAUACUUCUUUCCAUCGCCUUUUGGGUUCUUAUGAUUCUCAUUUUUAUCGAUUUUGUGUAGGUCCAUGUUUGGCAGCCGUAUAGUAGACAUGGCAGGAGGCAAAGGAACAAUGUUCAUAACUAUUGCAAAUUUCAAGUCGGUAACAUAAAUAGUUCUCGAGAUGUUUAGAAAUGUGACAGACGAACAGAAACAUGCAAAACAGUUUACAGAGACGGUGGCGCCCCCUAUUAAUUUCUACUCUUUUUUUGCCAGACUACAAUGCGGUAAAUGUGACCGGUUAGAACGUUACCUCAAACAUAUUUAAAAAAAAAUGUUUAAGCGCGGAAAUAUAAUAAAAAUAUAUGUUUGCUCGGAUUUAUCAAAUAUUAUAUCGAGAGAUUUUUCAAAUUUCAAAAUGAGUUCGAACAAAGGUGAUGUGGAUUUAAAGUGUAGAUACACCUCCGAAAUUGUGAGCGGAGGCAGAAGUAGACAUGAGUUACUUUCUGCCCCCGAAAUCCAAAGUAAGUUUUCAAGGUCAGUUUUUUAGCCUAUUUCAUUGCAAGUUUGAGAAAAGCACUACAUUCCUCGCCGUGAAAAGGGCUUAUAUACCUACUCACUCUGUAAGCUCUUAUUUCCCGGCUGACGUAAUGUACUAUUUUCUACUCUUUCAAUACGAUGAGCGUUUUCUUACUACGGAGCUUGAAGCAAAUGCGCUUCCGAGACACCAGUAUUUAUUGUAUUCAUCACUUUGCAAAACAUUUCCGAACAAAAAUCUGCUGUUGUGUUAGACGUGCAUGUAAAUAACUAUCACUCGUCUGAGCAACACAUAUAUACAUUUUCACAUAAAUCCACGAAAAUAUGGAAGGUUUACUGGUGAAACCCGAUAAGUUGAGCAAACUGGUUUUUGAAAUUCGAACUAAUGUGCAAUUUCCACAAUGUUGUUAUUUCAAGAAAAAAUUAUCUUGAUUUAUCGGGUUUCACCAGUAAACCCUCGUAUAAUAAUAUGAAUAUUCUAUGCUGUGAAAACUGUGUGAAUGUUCUUAUUCCAAUUUACAUGUAAUCGUACGUAACACGAAUAUAUUGUAAUCGAUGUUGAUGUACUUAGUACUUCCAGUCUAGUUUGGACUUGAAACAUACAACUGGUUUAGCCUUACGUUGUAUUUGACUAUCUUUAACAAAUAAAGCUGCAUUUUAUCCAGAUUAAAGAAGAAAAUUAUUAAAUUUUACUUGACAUAUGGAUGUCGGCGAUUAGAUUGUAUUUGUAUUAUGAUUUUGAUUGAUAAGUACUGAAUAAUUGUUCACGUUGUUCUGGAGAAUAAUGUUUAUUUGAUUAGACAUGUAGCAAUUAGAAACUUAUCUAAAUUCAGGGGUGUAAUUCAUACUCUAUUUUCUUUAAUAUUACAUACACCGUGUUUUUUUUGUUUUCCGUUAAAUUCGACACGCUAACAACGUUCAUUAUCAGGAAUCACCCUGUAUAUCACUUUUAGAUAAAUUCGCAAAAAAAAAAUUCAUCGUUUUCAUACAUAAUAAAUGAAUUAAUCAAUGUGAGAGAGGAUAACAUUUAAGUUAGUGUCAAGUGAUUGACGGCACAUGUCAAAACAAAUAACAUUAGGAAUUGGUAAAGGCUGUCACACAAGUGUUCAGUAAUUAUUUUUAUUUUUUGAAUAACUCGGUUACCGUAAGAGUUAAGACGCUAGUUUCUUAGGGAAAUUAAUUGUAUUUGAUCUAAAGAACCUCCCUUAAAGUUAACGGAAUUCAAUAAAAACCCGGUGUAUAAAUAUGUUAAAAAACUACGAAUCGUGUUGUUUUGUUGUAGAUAUAUUGCUAAAGAUAAUGCUAUCCGAAGCUGUUAAAACAAGGGUCACCAAUGAGUUUUUUCAAGGGCCGGAUUUAAAAAUAAAAUGACCUUUUCGGCCCAUUACGAACACCAGCACAACAAAGAGCGGUCCGCGUUGAAUCGGUGGCCCGUUUGGACCUGGACCGCGGCCCGUCAUUUGUGUCCCCUAUGUUGUAACAAUUAAAAUAAUCACUAUUAAUAUCCGCAGUAACUGCAUAACAUGAACCAAAUGCAAUCGUUAAACUUAUUGCAAUAAUUUGUUACAAAUAUUACAAGAGAAGAAUGAGCUUAUAAAAUAGUCUUAAACGGUAUUGCAGCUUAAAUGACUUAAUUAACUUACAUCUUUCAACAGUAGGUUUUAACAAACAAUUCUAUAAUUAUUAAUUUCAAGGUCAUGGAUUUGUAUACCUUUAGUUGUAAAUAAAUCGAAUUAUACGCUGUGUUCAAAAGAUUGAAUCAAAUCAAAAUGUUUCCACUAGACUCCUUAAUACGACGGCACACCGUCUUAAACGUAAGUAGAUGUGAUAAUUAAAAUAUCCUCUUGUGAUAUAUUUUUAUUCACUAAUAUACCAGUUCAUAAUUAAGGCUAAAGAAGUAAAUAUAUAGAGAAAAUGAUGUAGUCUUGAGGAAUGAUUUGAGAAUGUGGUUAAUCGGUGUACCAAUUCUGAUAUUGCAUAUGCUUUUAGAAGUAUCGCUUGCGAACUGUGUAUGCUUCUGGAUAGCGAAUGUUUUACUGAAUUGUCCUCUAGCGUUUGAGGUCUGAAAAUGGAUUUAGUUCAUUCAGUAUUUCAGGUCCCAGCUAUUUAGUCAGCUAUUUGGCAUGUAUAAUUUAUGAACAAAUAAACGAAUCUUACUACCA